UUGGAGCGCACUUGGCUUGGAGCGGGGAGGAAGGCGGAGAAUGGGGGGCGAUGCCCCUUUCUGAGCCCAUCCCGGCUCUGCGCUGCCCUGGCAGGGUGCGGGAGAUGGCGGGGCUGCUGUGAAGAAAGUACCGGGGCUGGCCGGGGGUUGCGGAGCGGGACAUGUUGCUGGUGCCCGGCUGAUGCUCGCCGGGUGUCGGCUCUGCCGCUGAGGAGUCGGAGGACGGCGACGCGAGGCCACGGUGGAGGAAAAUCCGCGGCUCCGGCUGGGAAACCAUGGGGAGAUGCAAUGGGAGAUGCACGCUGGUGGGAUUCUGCUGCCUGCAGCUGGUGGCAGCGCUGGAGAGGCAGAUCUUUGAUUUCCUGGGCUACCAAUGGGCCCCCAUCCUGGCUAAUUUCCUACACAUCAUGGCCGUCAUCCUGGGCAUUUUUGGGACCAUCCAGUACAGAUCCAAAUACCUCAUGGUGUACGCGGUGUGGCUGGUGCUGUGGGUCGGCUGGAACGCCUUCAUCAUCUGCUUUUACCUGGAGGUUGGACGCCUGUCACAGGACCGAGACUUCAUCAUGACCUUCAAUACCUCACUGCACCGCUCGUGGUGGAUGGAGAACGGGCCGGGCUGCCUGGUGACGCCGGUGCUCAACUCCAACCUGGCGCCCGAGGACCAUCACGUCAUCACGGUCAGCGGCUGCCUGCUCGACUACCAGUACAUCGAGGUGGUGAGCAGCGCCACGCAGAUCUUCCUGGCGCUCUUUGGCUUUGUCUAUGCCUGCUACGUCAGCAAAGUGUUCCUGGAGGAAGAAGACAGCUUUGACUUCAUUGGCGGGUUCGACUCCUAUGGCUACCAGGCACCACAGAAGACAUCACACCUACAGCUACAGCCACUCUACACGUCCGGGUAACCUGCCCUGGAUCCAGCCCCAGCCCAGCGUGGGAGCCAGAGGCCGUAGGACCCCCUGAGAGUGAACUGCCCCACACCCAAUGACACGACCCCCAGAAUGGGGGGGAGGAACACGAUGCCAAGACAUCCAUCCCCUCCCUGCACCUUGCAAGACCCCUGAGGAUGGAGCCGGGAGCUGCACGUCCAUCCAGCUGGGAAGCCUCUGAGCCCAAACCAGGCACCCACAGCAGGAUGGGGAGUGGGGGUCUGGAUACAGGUGGACCCCCCUGCACUGUGUCCUCCCUCUCAUGCUCCCAAAGCCUCGCCAGGAUGGGACAUGGGGACAAGCAGGGAUGUGGCAUCACCCACUGGACACCGUCGUCUUCUGUUUCUCCCAGCCUGGUUUUCCCUUGGAGCAGCAGCACCCUUCCCGGUGUUCCAGGAAGGAGGGGGCUGGAGCAGGGUUGGGGCAAAACCCAGCUGGUUUGGAGCAAACUGGGACCAGGGGUGGGGAUGAACAGUGCUUUGGGAACAGGGACCAGCUUCAUUCUCCAGGGCUGGGACACUUGCCCAAAAUUCCAGGUCUGGGAGUCGGGCUGGCCCCCAAAACCAGGGGUUUUGCUCCCAGAAGGAAUUUCCCAGCUCCCUGACUGGAUGGAACAGUGUCAGAGGGGUUCAAUCCGGGAUGAUCCCCUUUGCCAUCAGGAGCUGGAUCCGGCUGUCAGCAUCUUGCCUCAAUUCCCCCCCCUGCCUGGGGACAUGGGGGGGACACAGAGCCCACCGAAUCCCCCUGCGAGACCCCCCCAUCCCUCCCACCUUUUUGGGGGGGGUCAAAGUUGGCAAUACUGACGCUGCUUUGACACAGCCCCUUUCCGGCUGUUUUAACACAUCUCAUGAAUGUUUGGGUUGGUUUUCUCCUUUUUAAUUACUGGGUUUGGUUAAUUUGUAUUAAUUUGAAGUGCCUGAGCAGUGGCUGAACAUGACCCCCCCCCCCCCCCGGCCGACACCGUGCCUUCAGCAGCGCUCUGCCCACCCCAGGGCACCCUGGGGCCUCGCAACCCACCCCGGUCCCUCCAUCCCUGUGGGAUCUUAGGGGCUAAUCCACCCCAUCAGGUCUGGCAGCAGCAGGAGGGCGACAUCGGGAUGUGGGGAAUGGUGAUGUGGGAGGGGGGAAUGGUCAAGAUCCAUUGGGAAGCGAUGGAGAGGAGCUGGGAAGUCUCAGAGGAAGUUGGAAGGAAAAGGAAGUUCCAUGAAGCAUCCCAGCUCCUCCCAACCUCCUCCUUCUCCUUUGCUUCUCGGAGGUGGGAUGUGGUGUCUCC